UACAACUUCAAAAUAUCCAUGUAUAAACGUGUCUUUCACCGGCCCCCAUUAACGAUGGACGAGUGACAGAGAACGAAUAAAGACCAGGGUAGAACAACAACAUAGGCAACAGUGAAGCAGGGUUCAAAUUAGGGUUUUCACAUGAAGCAACGAUAUUUUUGAAGCCACUGUUUUCAAUGUGAAUUUGAACUCUAUCCCUGCACAGUGUUGAAUAUUAUGAAGAAUUUUGAGAACAGUGGACAAACUAGGAAACCUGCUUUUGUUCAAAAUUCAGUCCAAAAUGCCUCUCAAGUGGGGGGUCCAAACUGGGUAAUUAUAUUUGGCGGGGCUAUAGUGAGUAUCUUGUCAGUUAAGCUUGGGCGUAAAUUGAGGGAGGCCAUUGGAACCAACUGGAAGAGGGAUGACGUGAAAACGCUAAAUGAGCCAGACAGAAAGUCUGAUACACAAGGAACUUUGGGAGUUAAUCCAUUGCACUCAAGGCUAUGUUGCUAUAGGCUGGAUGGGGUGGUUCGAAAUCAUUAUGUUUCAGGUGGUUCUCAUGGGAUGGUAGAGAUGAAGGUAGGGCCUCAGGAUGCUGUCUGCCAAUGUGAAAAUAAAAGUUCACACACCCUUGCCUUGCUUCAACAGAAGCUAUCUGAAUUUUCAGUGCCUUGCAACAGUAGAGAAAAUAUUCCUUUAUGGGAGUGUUUAGAGCAACAUGAUAUAUCCAAUGGUCAUUUACAGCAGUCCAACAGCUCAGAAUCAGUGUCCACAUCAGACACAAGUCCUGAUUUGCUUACUAAGCGUGAUGUGGCACGUAGAUUGAGGCAGCAGGUGAAAAGAAGAGAUGACAUGAUAGUAGAGAUGCAAACUCAAAUUACCUAUCAGCAGCAAACAAUAACUAGUCAUUUCGUGCAUAUGGAAAAUUUACAGAUGCAACUUGAUGCUGCAAACAAAGAUUUAUUUGGAGCAGAAAGGGAAAUUCAGCGAUUGCGCAAAGCAAUUGCUGAUCACUGUGCAGGUAACGCAGUGGAUAUGUCUUGCUCUCCUGGACCAAUGACCAAUAACCAUGUAUUGCUAAAUCAUUCAAUAAACAGAUCAAUGGAAGAUGCAUAUGGUUCUACAGUUGGUGAUGCCGAUCACUGCAAUGGAGAAACUCACAGAUUUCAAGAACAGGAACAGGGCCAGAGGUAUGAUUUGAGAACUUCAGAUGUUAAAAUAUGUAAGAUUGGAGAGGGCCUGCAGUGUUUUCCUUCAGACAGAAAGGAAGCGAUGGCUACAGAUGAAUACACCAUAGAAAGUGUAAAAGACUUGGAGAGAGAAGUGGCUGAACUCAAGCAAUUAGUUAGUGGAAAAAACCAUCUUCUAGAGGCAUAUGAGAGGCAACGCAUUGAAUUAUGCUCUCAGCUCAAAGAGCUUCAUCUGAAUUUGGGUACCCAAGUUGGAAGUGUAUUAUAGUUAUGAAGCUUUGAUGUAACCUCUAUCUUAUCUGUUGUUUGCAGUGUCAUUCUUGUAUUUCUUUCCCUGAAGGAGCCUGCAUAUGUGAAAAAUCAUUUGCGGGGUCUAUUCUUGGCUUAGAAAUUGUGUUGUUUUGGUUUCUGUUGUCCAAGUGGUUCUAUUUUCACUAUCAGUUUUCCUAUUUGUCAUUAAUUUUGGUGGAAAAUAGGCAGGUCCCUGCUUUUAACUUAGGAGAAGCUGCAAGAUGUUAGAUAUCUAUAAUUGCACGUGUUAUACAAAACCAUGUCAAAAGUUUUGUUUUCGUUCUUCACUCUGAUUGUCAGCAAAAGAUUGUAAUUAUGAAUUCUUAUUUUCAAAGAUAACUACCAAUCUGUGGGGUAGGAAUACCGAGUGUCUCCCACUCCCAUUUUAUAUAUAAUUCCAUCUUUUAUCAAGUUCGAAAA